AUGUUUACUGCUCUUAAUGCUCCUCCUCCAGCUCCAGCUCCCGCUCCCGCUCCCAUUGGUACUUUGUCGGCUGCUCCUCAGGUUCACCCACCUCAACCAACAUCUCCCCACUCUACCCCUAUUCCCUCUUCCGUUCGUGACUCUCCUGUUCUCAUCUCAUCCGCAUCCGCCUCCCCUGAACCUGAACCUGCCUUGCAGCCUGCAGGAGCCUCCGCUCACCUUUCUCGAGCUCACCCCCUCUCACGCCGCAAGCACAAUCCGAACAUCAGGAGCCGGAGGAGCAAGUCCCACUAA